AUGGACUUCCAGAAACUGCGUCCCGUGGCAAACACCAACGCUCGCGCAUCCUCCAGCAGGUCCGGCGAGUCGCACUACUGGCGCAAGUUCCGCUCGCCCGUCUUUGUAAAGGAGUUUGCGCCCGUCACCUCGAUCCACUUUGUCCCAAACGUUUCCACCUUUUCCACCAUCGACUCCUCCUCGGCCGACGCCGCCCUCGACGAUGAUCAGCACGCCCUCGACGCACCAUCCUCGUCGCGCAGCGCAGCCCUCACAUCCUCGGCCACGUCGUCGCAGCCCGCCUCGGCCAGCGCACGCCAAAAGUUUGCAGUGACGACGGGCACCCGCGUCCAGAUCUACAGCAUGCGCACCUCGCGCGUCGUAAAGACGGUAUCCCGCUUCUCGGACGUGGCGCGCAGCGCGAGCUUCCGCUCCGACGGCAGGCUCAUGGUCGCAGGAGACGACUCGGGCCUCGUCCAGGUCUUUGACGUAAACUCGCGCAUGAUCCUCCGAACCCUCCGCGGCCACUCGAACCCCGUGCACGUCUCCCGCUUCUCGCCAAAUUCGACUCAGAUCCUCACCGCCUCCGACGACCGCACCGUCCGCCUGUGGGACAUGCCAGAGCAAAAGUGCCUACGCACCUUUGAGGGCCACGACGACUACGUCCGCUCUGGCGUCGUCUCGUCCGACAACCCCUCGCUCAUGCUCACGGGCUCCUACGACACCACUGUACGCCUCUGGGACGCGCGCAUGGCCGAGUCCGGCGGACAGGCCAUGGCCAUGGACCACGGCGCUCCCGUCGAGGACGUCCUCAUCUACCCGACCGGCGGCGGAGGCGUGGCCCUCAGCGCCGGCGGCCCGCAGAUGAAGGUGUGGGACCUCAUGAUGGGCGGACGCUGCAUGGCCUCGAUCUCCAACCACCAAAAGACCAUCACCUCGCUCGCCCUCUCGGUGCACUCGGGCGCCGACACGACCGCCACCGGCGGCCUUGGCGGCAUGCGCGUCCUCUCGGCGGGUCUCGACCAGCUGGUCAAGGUCUACAACCCGGCAGACGAUUGGAAGGUGACGCACACGAUGCGCUACCCGGCCGCCGUGUUGUCGCUCGCCGUGAGCCCCGACGAGAGCCACAUCGCCACGGGCAUGGCCGACGGCACCCUGUGCAUCCGCAAGCGCGACGUCAAGGCGUCCGAGGUCGAGCAGCGCGAAAUGGAGCGCGCCGCCAUGAACGCCGGCGCCUACGAGUACUUUAUGGCGGGCCAGGUUGGCAUCGGUGGCGCGGGCGCGGGCGGUGGUGGAGCGGCAUCGGCCAAGGGGCGAGCGGGUGCCGCGCAGCCGGCGUUGCGGUCGGCGCAGGACGACUUCCGCGUCGAGAGCGUGCGGAAGCGCAAGCUGGCCGACUACGACAAGCUGCUCAAGGCGUUCCGGUACUCGGACGCGCUCGACGCCGCGCUGCGCAAGGGCGUCCAGCCGAGCGUGACGUUCGGACUGCUCCUCGAGCUCAUCCACCGCUCGCCAAAGGGCGGCGCAGAGGGGCUCCGCCGCGCCGUGGCGGGUCGCGACGACGUGACGCUCGAGCCGCUGCUGCGCUUCCUCCUCAAGCACGCCGCCAACCCGGCCUACACGGACCUCGUCUGCGACACCCUCAACGUGGUUGUUGACACGUACGCCUCGGUCCUGGGUCAAUCGCCGCUGGUCGACGAGCUUUUUGGGCGGAUCUGGGCCAAAGUAUCCGACGAGAUCCGGUUGCAGCGCGACCUGAUGCAGGUCCGCGGAUCCCUCGAAAUGAUCCUCGCCAGCUCGGCUCUCGGCGCCGCUACCGCCUCUGCUGCCGCCUAG